AUGGAGGAGCAGAAUGCCAGUCCCAAGAGCUCCAAGGAGAAGGACCACCUGAGAGACAGAGGGAGUGGCCAACAGGAGGAUGGCACCAGGAGUACCAGCACCCUGCCCAGGCAGCUGCCUCCAUCGCACACCUCUUCCUCCUCCCGUCCACAGCUGCGGCAGCCUCAGGCUGGCCAAGGUCGGUCCCUGCACCGGCUGACAUUGCCCCGCAGCACCCAGGGCACCCAGGGCCGGUCCCUGCACCGACUGACAACACCCCGCAGCACCCAGGGCACCCAGGGCCGGUCCCUGCACCGACUGACAACACCCCGCAGCACCCAGGGCACCCAGGGCCGGUCCCUGCACCGACUGACAACACCCCGCAGCACCCAGGGCCGGUCCCUGCACCAGCUGACAUCGCCCCGCAGCACCCAGGGCCGGUCUCUGCACCAGCUGACAUCGCCCCGCAGCACCCAGGGCUGGUCCAUGCCCAGGCUGACAUCGCCCCGCAGCACCCAGGGUCGGUCCAUGCCCAGGCUGACAUCGCCCCGCGGCACCCAGGGCACCCAGGGCCGGUCUCUGCACCAGCUGUCAUCGCCCGGCAAUACCGGGGACACCCAGGGCCAGUCCCUGCACCGGCUGACAACACCCCACAGCUCCAAGGGCCGGUCCCUGCACCGGCUGACAUCGCCCCGCAGCACCCAGGGCCGGUCCGUGUCCCGGCUGACAUCGCCCGGCAAUACCGGGGACACCCAGGGUCGGUCCCUGCACCGGCUGACAUCGUCCAGCAGCUCCAAGGGCCGGUCCCGGUCCCAGCUGACAUCGCCCCGCAGUACCAGGGACACCGAGGGCCGGUCCCGGUCCCGGCUGACAUUGCCCAGCAGCACCAAGGGCCCAUCUGUGUCCCGGCUGACAUCGCCCGGCAGCUCCGAGGCCCGGUCCCGGCUGACAUUGCCCGGCAGUACCGGGGACACCGAGGACCAGUCCGUGCCCAGGCUGACAUCGCCCCGCAGCUCCAAGGGCCGGUCCCAGUCCCGGCUGACAUCACCUGGCAAUACCGGGGAUACCAAGGGCCGGUCCCAGUCCCAGCUGACAUCACCCAGCAGCACCGAGGACCAGGCCCUGCCCAGGCUGACAUUGCCCGGCAGCUCCAAGGGCCGGUCCCGGUCCCGGCUGACAUCACCUGGCAAUACCGGGGACACUGAGGGCCGGUCCCGGUCCCGGCUGACCUUGCCCCGCAGUACCGAGGGUUGGUCCCGGUCCCGGCUGACCUUGCCCCGCAGUACCGAGGGUUGGUCCCGGUCCCGGCUGACCUUGCCCCGCAGUACCGAGGGUUGGUCCCGGUCCCGGCUGACCUUGCCCCGCAGUACCGAGGGUUGGUCCCGGUCCCGGCUGACCUUGCCCAGCAGUACCGGGGACACCGAGGACCAGUCCGUGUCCCGGCUGACAUCGCCCCGCAGCUCCCUGGGCUCGGGGGGCACCGAGAGCCGUCCCAGCCCGGACAAGGGGGAACGAGGCCCGCGGGGGCGCAGGUCCCACCCUGCUGGCUCCUCACAGCCGCCCGUCCUGGCCCAGCAGCCGCCCGUGAGGAGCCGCCGGGCCUGCAGCGGCCCGGUGGGGCCGGAACCGGCCUCCGUGAGGAAACCAUCUCCUGACCCACAGAGAGAGGCCUCUCACCGUGCCGAGCAGGAAACCCAGACUGAGGCCUGGGCCCAAGAGGUGGAUUCAGCUGUUCAAUACACUGAGCAGAUGACACAGACAGAUCUUGUGGCAGAACAGGAGAAAAACUCAGCUGCUCCCCUCAUGGUUGACCAGAAGACACAGACUGAGACUCCAAGACAAGUGAAUUCAGCUUCUCCUCAAAACAACAGGAGGACACAGAGCAAGGCCCAUGGCUCUGCCCGCUCCACAGGCACUGGUGCCCCGGCUCAGCAGCAGCCACCCUCGCAGCUGUGCAGGGCGUUCUGGCGCUCCUGCACAUCUGGACAGCCUCCUGCUGCCAGCACCCUGCAGGGGCCCGGGGACAGCCGCUGCUCCAGGCAGCCAAAACGUCCUGAGCGCGGCACGCCAGAGAAGUGGGGAUGGAUGACACUGCCGCCCUACUCCUGGCCAUGGCUCAUUGAGAUGAAUCAGUUUUAA